AUGGGGAGAGCGGAUAAGACGACAGGUGCACGGUAUGCUGAAGAGGAGAAGGAUGUCACGAUAGCGGAGUUGCGUCGGCAAAUGCAGGAGGCCUAUCCGGACUUUUCGUUGUCAGCCAUGACGCUUUGGAGGCUAGUAAAAGGUCUCGGGUUCUCGUACAAGAUCGUCAAAGGGCAGCGUUUCAUAUUUGAACGCUUGGAUCUUGCCCGCAAGAGAUCCUUGUAUUUGAGAAAAAUUGAUGAGGCCAGGACUAGAGGGGACUGCGUGGUCUACAUGGAUGAGACGUGGGUGUUCGAAGGUAUGGUGAAGAGGAGAGGUUGGGUAGAUAACACCAUGUCGCGUUUUCCCUCCGCCGAGGCGAUACAGCAGUACUCUUGUGGCAAAACUGCUGGGAAGAACAAAGGGAGGCGCGGCAUCGUUAUCACGGCAUUGUGUGAAGAAGGAAUCAUACCGGGUAGCACCCAUGUCCUCGUAAGUGGACACCGGACCGCGCAGGGCGAUUUUCAGCGAGAGAUGGACCACUCAGUGUUCGAGGAAUGGCUGGAAUCGUCAAUCCCUCUGAUGAAGGAGUUCGCAGCAGGGCGGAAUGUUACUCUAGUGCUCGAUAACGCUCCUUACCAUACUAGAGCUCUAGAGAAGGAGAUUACCAGCUAUCUCAACUCGCACGGCGUCGAAGUGGCUGCCGACAGUACUAGAGCUUCUCUCCAAGAGGAGCUUGACCAUUUCGUCGCCAGUCGAGGCGGUGUGGCAGCCUUGCGUUGCUACGCCGCGGAGAGGAUUUGCGAGGAUAUGGGGGUCAGAAUGAGGGCACUGGAGAUUUUGGGGAGAGUGUCCAGGAACCUCUGCGAGGCCUGGUGUGGAAAGACGUUAGAGGAGGAAGACUCCGCGCGAUUGAAAGAGGCUUUGGAUGCCAGUUAUGGUGAUAUGGGCGCUGAAGAGCCCUCAUCAUCUGACAGCGACCUGUCAGAUGAUGUGAUUAGUGGCUAUAGUGUCGAGCUGUGA